CUGCUGUCUUUUGCUCAGUUGGGGGCCAGGAGAGGGGGAGGCACAGGGGCUAGGAUGAGGGGAAGUGGGUAUGCUGAGUGCCUGGACCCCUUGGUCCGUCUCUGCCAUCACCUCACCCUCCCUGGGCCAACCUGCAGGGGUUCUUUCCUGCUCCUGACCCUACUGGCCAAGGCUUGAGAGAAGGAGGUGUGUACACGGGACUGAGCACAGAAAAGGGGGAUCAGCCCAACUGUUAUUGGCUCUCAUUGGUAUUCUAAGCUUUAUUGUUGUUGUCGUUAGCAAUUGAACUGUCAUUUCAAGAUAUAAAGAUAUCGUGGUCUUGGGACUUCCCUGGUGGUCCAGUAGUUAAGACUUCCCACUUGCACUACAGGGGGCACAGGUUCAAUCCCUGGUCAGGGAACUAAGAUCCCUAUAUGCUGCGUGACCCUCCCCUGACCCCAAAAGAAAGAGAUAUGGUGGUCUCAUAAAAAAAAUUGGCUCCUUAUUCUUGAGCUGUGGUUUUUUAUCCCCCUGGAGGCUGGGAUGGGGUGGCAGAUAAACUCCCUUUAGCUGUGUUCCUCUGCCUGCUUUUCUUCCUCCCCCCACUGCCUGGGAGCAACCAGGAUGAACUGAAACCAGGUUGUCAAUGAAUGUUCUUUCAUUCAUUCUGCCAAAAUCGUGAGUAUUGGUUUUCAACAGACAAAAAUCCCUUCCCUGGUGGAGUUUUCUACUGAGGAGACAAACAACUAGCAAGAUAAAGUAAAAUGCGUAGUAUGUUAGAUGUUGACAGGAGCUAUGCCGAGAAAGUAAGCACAGUUAGGGGAAAAGAAGUGCUUUGUAAAGUGCUGAUCCUCUGGGGCUGUGAGGUACCUGGGUAUCUGGGUGGAAACCCCGGCCCCCAGUUUAUGACCCAAACCUUUGCCUCUUCUCUUCCACAGGCUGCAGCCACGUGUGGUCUCUUCUUCACCUGCCCUAAGGGAUUCAAAUGCUGUGGGAGCAGCUGUUGCCAAGAGUACCAGCUGGAGCAGUUCAAGUUCUUCUCCGGCCCCUUAAGGAUUUUUGUCAUCAUCUUCCUGAUCAUCAUACCCCUCUUGUGCAUCUGCGGCCUGGCUAAGCACUUGUAUCUCAACUGCAGAAAGUCAGAGCAGGAGGCCCCAACAGCCCCCCUGGAACAGCCCCCCAUUGCUCCUGUAGAGAGGGUCACAGCACCCAUUUCUGAGCCCCCACCCCCCUACAGUGAGAUAAUUCUGAAGCCUGUCCUGGGUCUGCCUCCCUUGGAGCCGCCCCCACCCUACAGCUUCAGGCCUGAGGAAUAUGCCGGGCUACGCAGAGGCAUGGACAACUCCACCUUCUGAUUCACCUCCUGCCUGGAACCCUGUCAUCAGCCACCUCCCCAGUGCCUCCUGGGUCAAGCCAGAGACUCUCAGGAGCCCUGGAGCACCCUCGCCCAUUCUGCCACAUCUCUGGCAGUUCUUGGCUUUAACUUAUUGCUUUUCUACCCUUGUUCCAUGCCAGUUGCUUCUCUUGUCUCAAGGGCUGGUCUGGAGUGACAUGUCCACCCCUCACCUCCCAUUAUAAGUUAGAGGCUGCCAGGAGAAAAAUGUGAACAGUUGGAGGUGCCCAGCAGUGGAAUGGGCUGCUCUGAGCUGUGGAGGAGUCUGCACCCUGGGGUUCCAGCGUGGCCUGGACUGCCAGCUCUGAGAUGUUUGGGAGGGCACCAAUGUACCCUGCAAGAUGGGGCUGCUUCACCUCUCUCCCAUUCUACCUGAAUAGAGAAGACCCCAUUGUCCUCCCCCCACCCGCAACACAUGUUCUCACUAAAUUUCAGUUGAUUGUU